GCACCAAAUUCCUCGCCACUAGUUUAUAACAAAAUUCAAAAGAUCUAAACCCCCUCUCCAAGUAAUGAUCAGUACGACAACCUACAUCCAGAACAAUCCAGAGAAAAUUCUCGACUCCCUCUUCUCUAAACUUAUAAAAGACACCAACAAAUUCAUUCAGUCCUCAAAGCAAUUACUUUUGUCCAAAGCAAACUCUUCAAGAUGGGUAUGAUAUUGGGAAAGAUCUGCGUGGAAACCCCGAAAUACCAAGUGAUUAAAUCCUUGGCCGACUACGAAAUCCGCAAAUAUCCGCCGUCGGUGAUAGCUGAAGUCGCCUAUGAUCCGUCACAAUUCAAAGGCAACAAAGAUGGCGGCUUUACCGUGUUGGCCAAUUACAUUGGCGCCUUAGGCAACCCACAGAACAGCAAGCCGGAGAAGAUUGCAAUGACGGCACCAGUAAUAACAAAGACCCAAGAGAGCCCUGGUGAAAAGAUUGCCAUGACAGCUCCGGUUGUGACAAAGGCUGGCGGGGAAGAGGGGAAGAAGAACAUGGUGAUUAUGCAAUUCUUGUUGCCGGAUAAGUAUCAGAAGGCGGAGGAGGCGCCUAAGCCGGUGGAUGAGAGGGUGGUGAUUAGAGAGCAGGGGGAGAGGAAGUAUGGGGUGGUUAAGUUUGGGGGAGUGGCGACGGAGGCGGUGGUGGAGGAGAAGGUGGAGAAGCUGAAGAAGUGCUUGGAGAGAGAUGGGUAUAAGAUAACAGGGGAGUUCUUGCUGGCAAGGUAUAACCCACCAUGGACUUUGCCUCCAUUCAGGACCAAUGAGGUUAUGAUCCCGAUUGAGUGAGUUUUGAAGCCUCUAGCUAUUACUCUUUUCUGUUUCUUUUCUUUAGUGUUUAUCAGUGUCCAAAGACUGCCAUUUCAGGUGCUGAUACUUAAAUGUGUAGUUCAAGCAAGUCUCUGUUAUGGGAUUUUGAAUAAAGGGUAAAGUUUAAAGUGCAA